AGCCCUUGGAAAGCUAAUGGAGACAUUGCUGGAGGAAGCACCAACCGCAGACUGGUUCCAGGAAAUGUUUGAACUCCUAAGGACAUGGUUCAGUUCAGGGAAGGAGUGGGAGAGAGAAAGGGCCUUGCAGGCCAGCACCCAGCUGCUGACUGCCUAUCAAGAGACAGUUCACAGCACAACUCAGGAAACUUUUAAUCAGUUUGGAUCUCUGAUUGGAGCAAUAGCACCAUACAGCUGUGAUUCACUGGCCACGUCUCGUCAGUGGGUGGUUGACUGUAUCAGCUGCCUUCUCUGUAUACAAGGCCAGCCCAUGAACCUGGGGUCAGCGGAGGAGGAGCUGAGAUGUCUCCGUGAAGAACUAACAGCAGCUCCGGACCCCGAGGCUCUGUUUCAGGCAUCUUCCAAAAUGGCCAGGGUUGUUAGUGAGUACUUUUCCCCAGAACAGGCCACAGACUUUAUUGAGGCCACAGUGGAAGGUAUGCUGUCUGCCAGCCCCACCUGUGCCACGGCAGCUGGACUGUGGAUGAAGGUUAUACUGAAGGAGUGUGGAGAUGCCAUGCCUGAUAAGGUGCCAGCUAUUCUGGAUAUAAUAUAUAGCCACAUGGCUACUAUCCAGGAGGGCAUCUUGAGGCAGUCCCUGCUGGAGGCAGUGUCUAUUCUAGCUCACCAUCACCUAGAGGCAGUGAUCUCCAGCCUCCUCAGCAACCAUCUGCUGAUGGACAGUGACAUCACUGAGCUUUGGGGAGACCCCUUGCUUGCCACUCAAGUCCUACAGGUCCUAAGAGAAAAAAUAAAGACUUCAACAAGGCAAGAAGGAAGCGUCACCUCAGAGACUGAAACUGACAGGCAUUUGGCAGCUGCUGAACCUCUCUCAGCAACAUGUGCCAUCUUUGAGGUGGUGUCAGCACUGCAGUCAAGCAAAGCUGUGCAGGAGCUGCUCCCAGAGUGGUUUCCUGUUCUCCUGCAGCAGGUCAGCCGAACCUCAGGACAAAAGAUGCCUUUGCCAAGGAUAAGAAGCCGGAGCCUAUUCCAAAAAGACCAACAACAUACUGAGGGCAACCCUUGCCGGUUUUCUGUCCAAGCGUUAGAAUCUGUGCUUUUCAAAGUUGGGAAUGAGAGACUGGUGAGAGUGCUCAGGCUGCAGAAAACAUGGAUUCUGCUUGAAAACCCCCAGACUCACCAUGAGGGAGUGUCUGCUGGUGAGAGUUCUGCUAAGAUCUGGACUAGUAACACCUGAGAUCAUUCAGAGCGUCCUCCCCUGGGUGAAUUCCCCAAUGGAAAACUUCCGAGUCACCGGCACAGCUUUCCUUGCCCAGGUAA